AUGAGCAAGGUACAGAAUAGGGAAACCGCUGAGGAAGAUAACCGUGGAGGACGGAAGCAGCAGACGCUUGCUGACGAGAUUGGAGAAGCGUAUGGGGGGCAUUCGUUCACUAUUUGGGAUAGUUUGAGGGUUUAUUUGUCGUCAUUCCGAGACCAAAGAAAGGAGUAUGAGAGGAAACUCCUUAACCAUCUCCCCCUUUUCCAAGGAGAGGGGCAGCAUGUGUAUGGCAGGGAAGUGGAGGUGUUGGAUGUUGAAGUCAGCGGGUCGUAUAUUCACGAGGUGUGUAUUAGAAAUACGGAAGUUUCAUGCGAUGGAGACAAGUUGGACAUUGUAUUAGUUCACGGCUACGGGGCAGCGUUGGGUUUCUUCUAUAAGAACAUCGAGGCGCUCAGCAGUAUAGGAGGGUCUUCGCUUCAUUUGGUAGACAUGCUUGGGUUUGGUUGUUCAGGGCGUCCUGCCUUCCCCAUUGAGGACUGCCGCAACGACAUGGACAGGGUGUUGAGGGCCGAAUCGUUCUUUGUAGACUCCUUUGAGGAGUGGAGACGCAAGAGAGGGGUGACCAAAUGUGUCGUUAUAGCGCAUUCGCUUGGCGGGUACCUCAUGUCUGCGUAUUACUUGAAGUUUGGACGUGAAGUGGUAGAGAAGCUGAUUUUAGUGUCCCCUGUUGGUGUUGAGGACAGUGAGGCGUCGCUGUUUCGCAAGUACAAAUGUGGCUACGGUGGAGAAGACAGUGACGACAGUGAUGAUUGUGACCCCUUUGAGUAUAAUGUCGAUAAGGAUUACCGGAUAGCGAAGGAACAAGGAGUUGAUUUGAGCAAGGAGCUCACCGACCACCUACACGAACAAGAAUGGGGUUUCGAAGAUUAUGAUGAUGAAGAUGACGGAGACGGUGAGGAUAAGAUUGAAGAUGAUGACGGGGUAUCUCUAAUGUCGGUGAUUACACACGAUGGGGACGCUGUAGAUGACACGGAAAUGCGACGGACACGGGUGGAGCAGGUUAUGAGGCAGCUCAAGACCCGGGUAGUCCCUGGCAAGAUCUUGACAAGGUUCUGGGAGAGGCAUUAUACUCCCAUGGACAUUGUUCGUCUCUUUGGGCCGUUGAGCGGUUCGGUGGUGGCCAUUUGGGUGUACAACCGGUUCCAGAGGGUGCACAGUGAACCGGAGCUGUUUGACCUGUGCAACUACACCACGUCUUUGUUCCUCAGCAGAGGGGCCGGGGAGUAUGCACUUGGAAGUCUCUUGGCGCCAGGGUCCUUGGCACGGCUUCCACUCUGUGAACGGCUACCGUCACAGAUACGGGUGCCUGUGCUACUCCUCUAUGGUGAGGAGGACUGGAUGGACAAGAUGGCCGGGUACAAAUUGGCACAGGACAUUAACACGUAUGGUGGGCAAGCCAAAUAUAGGGUUGUACGUAAUGGGGGGCACCAUCUCUAUGUGGACAAUCCGGACGAGUUUGCCAAGCAGGUUGUGCAGUUCAUCAGAGAAAGAGGGAGUCUAGAGUGA